AUGACUUUUGCAUGCACAUGGCCACUCGUCAGCCCCUCUCUCUCCCCUCUCCCUCCUCUCUCCUCCCCUUUCUUUAUUUUCUUUCUCCUCUCCUCUCCCUUUCCUUCCACACAGCGUGCAUGGCCGGGCAAGGCUCGCGGACCAUCUCCUUCCUCCUCGCUUGGGCGCCAUGGCCACCAUCCUCGCAAGAUCCAGCCCAUCUCCUCCGCGUCCGCCGAGUGGGCGUUCCGGCGGACCCGGUUGGCGCCGUCGCUCGCCGCCGAGUACGCGGGCGGCCCGCUCAAGCGCUGGUGGGACUGGGAACGAGGAGGAGGCGGCCGCGCUCGGCCGGGGCACUUGGGCGUGCGCUUCGGGGUCCGCCGCGUCGUCGCGUCCGACCACUCGCUGCCCACCACGCAGCGCCUAGAGCGCGAAGCCCGCGAACGACGCCGCCACGACUGCCCCCGCCGUGGCGGGACGGGCGCGGGCGUGGGCGGGCGCGGCAUGGGCGGGCGCGGCCGUGGGUGGGAUGACAAGGGCUCGUGGGGGCACGCCAAGCACCCCGACGGCCAUGGCUUCUGGACCUGGCACAGGGCGCGUGUGUCGCGCUGGAGGACGCCGUCGUCCUCGCGCGGUGCCUCAGCUCCGUCGUCGGGAAGGAGCGGGAGAGGGUGGAGGACGCCGUGGUGAGGUUCCCCAUUCGUGCGGAUCAGCGACGGCGCGGCUGUGGCCUGGACGGCGAGGCGUGGGCACGGCGCGGUGCGGGCGGGACGGGCGCCAUGCGCCAGGUCCAGAAGCCAUGGCUGGUCGAGUUGCUCGAGACGCCCGGCAGGCCACACUGGUCCUGGUCUCCGGCGAAGGGGAUGGAGUCCACGCUGCUGUCCGUGGCGGCAAGCAGCGCCGUGGCAAGGGCGGCGAGCAGGAGGGCCGAGGGCGGAGGCGGCGAGCGGCAGGCGAGGCGGCCUGCCCUGCGGUGACGAGUGGAUAAGUGCGUGGGUGGGGCCAAUGAGUGGACAUUUUCUCGUUCACAAGGAAAAAAUUUCGCCGGCAGCCCCCCAGGAGAUGCUCUUAAGUAUAUAGGAUACUAAAAAAAUCCCAAAGAUCCUCAUGUGUUGUUGUUCUGAAAUCAUCAUUCUCCAGGUUAUUGAUUUCCUGUCAAUUUCAACAUGUAGGUCUCCAGCCAGCUUGAGUAUGCACCAAACUCCUAAAAUAGCAGAGAUAUAAAUUCCAUGCAUAUCCACAUCUCUCAUAAGGUAGUCGGCUAAGCUAAUUAAGAAUUGCCAUUUUCACAUUGCUUUCCAAGGAAAGAUUUAAAAAGGACGGCCGUUACUCGUCACAAUCUCAGCCGCCACAAUUUUCAGUAUAAAGCAUACCUGAAUUCCAAUAUCACGAUCCCUCCUCCAUCAUUCCCCCCUGAAUUCGAAGGCUCGAUCCAAAAUCAUCAAUCAGCUUCGAAAUUCGAUCUUAAGAGUUCAGACGCACAAGGCGAUCAAUCUAAUGGCGGCCGCCCGAGAAAGACGUCUGCCGCAGCUGCACCUCACGCUCGAC